CCUUUUACACAAAUUCAAGCACACAUAACCCUCUGUCUACUCCGAAAUGUAAUUCCCUCGUGUGACAUGCACGAACUAUGCUCGUUUUUUGCAACACUUUUGCAAGUAUCGGGCGAAAGUCAUGGAAGUGCAUUGGAACCUCGAUUUCUCCCGAUUUCCCGCUCUAGAGGGCAGAUGAGAGUAAAUACAAAGGUAACUUACUUUCGCAGAAAAACGUCCCGAAAAAUGCUCAGAAAAACGUUCGCAAUCUAAAGAAGAGCCACACACAUGCUCAAGCCAAAGGAUAACACCUGUUUCUUUGUCAACCAUUCUCAUUCUCCUUCCGGUGUAACACUUGUCCCAGAUCUUCCUCAUCUUAUUGGACUGGAACUAACCUUGGUGAUGUUAUGUGCCCAGUGGAUUCUGCAUCCAAGGGGUCAACGAUUGAAAUUGCGGGUUUCGUUAGAUUUUCGGUAGCGAUAAGUUAUUGAGAAUGAUUGGGGAGUCGGCAGUAGUGGUUGGAUGUAGUUUAUACGUGUUUUGCAGUCAGUUUGAGUUGAAACAAAGCGCUGGUUACAUCCUAUUCCAUGUAACAGUUUUUUUGGUCGCUUGUAUUCCAUCGGUGAAGUGGACCGCAGGGAUAAGAAAAUGGUUUGAUUUAAGGCCAAUUGCUAGAGACGGCAUGGAAAUUGGUUCACUUCUAGUUCCCAUGGUGAUCACAAGUCAAAUGGCAUUUCUCGAGAAAUGGGACAGUAAAUACAUGUAUCUCAAAGUCACAGAGGUGGAAAGAUCUUAUCUGUUGGCUUCUCAGUUGAUGGGCAUGUUCACUGCCUCCAUUCUGCUGAUUAUAAAUCAUGUGAAACCUAUGAUGUCAUCAGUCUUCUUUUUUAUGGUCACGGCCUGUAUAGCAGCUACAAUAGGUGUUCAGCUGGAUGUUGAUAUUAUGUGGGUGUCCAUAAGUGUGUUGCUAUACUUUGUUGCUCUCUUUGCCAUCUUGUGGUGGAUACCAGGAUGUUUUACCAUUGGUGAGGCCAUGAUUGUGACACAAGCAGUUGUUUUGGUGGCAAUUGAUUCAUAUGCAAACCUAGGAAUAAAGUUAGUAUACAUUUCACCAACCUUCUAUAAUCUGUUUGGAAUUCAUGCUGAGGUUGCAAGAGGAACUCUUACUUUGUGGAUGCAGCUUUUAUUGGUUGGAUCAUUGACAACUGGUCUUCUCCUUCUACCAGUGUUUUACUAUCUCUCUUUAGUAAGGGACUAUUGGGAGAGAUUAACUGGUUACAUGGCUUUCUAUGCUGUAUUGUUGUUUACAUUCUUUGCUCUCCUGUUGCCAUGGUCUGUGCUAAUUUUGGGUGGUAUCAAUCCAUUUGUGUGGCUAUGGGACUAUUUAGACACUGGGAACAUUAGGAUGCCGCUAGUUCGUUACUGGUUUUGUGUCGUUUUUGUAGCUGUAGGGUUUGUUGCAUGGAAAAGUCUGCGACGUCAAUCAUCGCCAAAUGCCUCUGGCACGAUAACUCGUAAAGUUUUCCACCUCUUGGCGUUAGCGAUCUACAUACCAGGCGUGAUUUACGAGCCAAACAUAACCCAUUUAGCUUCAUCCGUCGCUGUUGCAGCUUUUCUAUUUAUAGAGUACAUCCGAUUGUACAGAAUAGGACCGUUUGGUGAAACAAUUCACUCAGCACUUGAGGUGUUUUUAGAUGAGAAAGAUUCUGGGCCACUCAUUCUAACCCACUUGUAUUUGUUACUGGGCUUUGCUGUGCCGUUGUGGUUAUAUCCUGUCGAUUACCUGAAGAGUGACUCCACUGGCUGCAAGCUUGCACUGUAUUCUGGGAUCCUUUCCCUUGGUAUUGGCGACACGAUGGCAUCCGUUGUUGGGAAAAGAUUUGGACGCUGUCGCUGGCCGGGUGGAGUGAAAACUGUGGAAGGAACAUUAGCUGGUAUCGCAUCGCAAAUGUUGUUUCUUUGGAGUCUCCAUCAUAAAGGUUUUCUAUUUUUACCAGAAGAACGAUGGUUACCAGUAUCCAUGGCGAUAAUUUCCGGGUCUGUGCUCGAGGGAUGGACAACACAGAUUGAUAACAUCGUACUCUCGCCUUUCUUAUGCUCGCUUCUAAUGUUCAAAUGUAGAUAG